AUGGCGCAGGAGGUCGACAUGGAGAAAUAUGAUCCAAAGUGGGGCAUCGGGCCAUGGAUUGCGCUCAGUACAGAGCGUUUCCUCGUGGACGGGGAAGGCGUUUGGCCGGUCACGGGGGCGGUGCUCCGUGGAGGGGUCGUGGGGCGCGGAUCAGGGGACCACAGCAGGAGGACAUAUGCUACCGAUGUGGACGUGUUGGACACUGGGCAAAACAUUGCUGGGCCAUACCAAAUCACGGGGAACCAGCCGUCUAAUGUCAACGUUUGUGGACUGGAAACCUUGGCUCCUGUGUCUGCGCUCCUACGUCUCUCCUCCGGAUCCCCCCACGUGACCCUGUUCUACGACAGAGACGUCUCUGAAUGGUGGACUCUGAGAGACCCCUCUGGAUUCCUCAGAUUGAGGCUGGAGUGCUGGAACCCUCACAGUCUGACUGGAACACACCCAUUUUGCCAGUGGAGAAAAAAGGAUGUUUUGCAGGACUGUCCUCUCCCUCCACAAACGACCCUCAUCCAAUAUGUGGACGACCUUUUGCUGGCUGCCCCCACCGCGGAGACCUGCGUUAAAGCGACCUCUCUGGUUUUGCAGCACCUACAUCAGGCGGGUUUCAAGGUUAGUAAAAAUAAAUUGCAGGUUGCAAGAAAACAGGUUUCUUUUCUGGGCAGGAUAAUUUCUGCAGGCACAACUAGCAUGUCUCCUUCCCACAAGCAGUCCAUUCUGCAACAUCCUAAACCCUCCAGAGUUAAAGACAUGCUCUCCUUUCUGGGUUUAACUGGCUACAGCAGAAGCUACAUUCCGUCUUACACGGAUCUGACCCAGUCUCUUCGGGCCUUGGUUAAAGAACAAGGCAUGCGAAAUCUGAACAAUCCCCUCAUUUGGACAACUGAGGCGGAACAAGCUUUUAUCUCAUUAAAGCAAAACAUGGCAUUGGCAGCGGAACUCUCCCUCCCAGAUUACACCUUGCCAUUUUUUCUUGAUGUUUCUGUAACAAAAAUGGCUGUUAACGGAGUUUUGUUCCAGAAAAAAGGGGGAGAGAGAAAAGUACUGAUGUACUUAUCUGUAAUGAUGGACAAUAUGGAAAAAAGGCAUCCCCCAUGUACGCAACAUGCAGCUGGGAUAGCCAAACUCAUACAAAAAACCGCACAUAUUGUCAUGGGACAUACACUGCAAGUGUUAACUACACACAGCGUGGUGGCAUAUGUAAACUCACAGAGUUUCACCAUGACGGCGUUGAGACAACAAAGGCUUUCCAAAGUUCUGGAAGCUCCAAACAUUUCAUUCACUCAUGAAGGCAUAAAUAUGGCAGACUGUUUUGCAGACGGAGAACCACACGAGUGUGCAGAGUUGGUGGCAAAGUCAGAAAAGGUAAGACCAGACCUGGAAGCAACUCCCUUGAUUGGACCAGAGGUGAGACAGUUCUUCACAGAUGGGUGUUGUUACAGACACCAAACACAAGAACUAAGAGCUGGUUUUGCAGUAGUAGAAAGCACAAAAGCAGGCUUUCUCACAAGAAAAGCAGAAAGACUGGAAGGAACAGCAUCUGAGCAGAGGGCAGAAAUAAAAGCAGUAAUCGAAGCGUUAAAGCUUGCCCAAGGAUCACAGGUAAAUGUGUACACAGAUUCCGCUUAUGUUGCAGGAACAGUGCAUUUGGAACUUUGCCAGUGGAUGAGGGGCGGAUCUCUGACCACCAGCGGCCAAACCCUAAAACAUAAGGAGGUGGUAAGAUGCCAAAAGGGGGUGCCACUUGAAGAGAAAAACAUGUGGAAGCAACGAGGUGCCACUGAAACAAAUGGAUGCUGGAGGGGCCCAGACGGCAGGUUAAUUCUGCCCCCUGGGAGGAAACAGGAGCUGUUUCAGGAAGCUCAUGGGGUUGGACAUGUGGGAACUAAACAGAUGAUGCAUAAUCUUAAAGACUGGUGGCAUCCCCAAAUGAUCAACAUGGUGAAACAGUUUGUAAAUAAUUGUGAAAUGUGUGGACAGGUUAACCCUAAGAAAACUUUGAAGCCACAUCAGGGACAGUUUCUUCCACUCACAGGUCCAGGGAAAGAGGUUGUGUUGGAUUUCACUGACAUGAUAAACAUGGUGCAAGGCAAAAAAUAUUUGUUGGUUUGUGUUGAUGCUUUCACAGGAUGGCCUGAAGCGUGGCCAGCAGCGAGAGAAGACAGUAAAACGGUCAUAAAAUGUCUGAUCAACCAUUACAUCCCCAGGCACAGUUUUCCAGAAAAAAAUCAGAUCAGACAAUGGAACACAUUUCAGAAACAAGGACCUGCGAACAGUGGAAGCUCAUCUUGGUUUGAAACACAAGUUCGGUACGGUUUAUCACCCGGAAUCCUAAGGCAAAGCAGAACGAAUGAAUCAAAAGUUAAAAACAAAAUUGGCUAAAGUUUGUGCACAAACUAAAUUAACAGUGACCAAGGCGCUAGAAGGACUUAAGGUCCUUAGUAAAAUGAUGCACGAGCAGUCUGGCGUGACCAACCCUUUGGAUCAAUGGUUCACAAACAUGUUCGGGAAGUACAAGGGCAUUAUUAUCUCUCUACUGGUCUCUGCAGCGACUUUCUUUGCCCUCCUGAUCACCUGUGGUUGCUGCUGUGUCCCCUGUCUGAGGUCAUUGGCGGUGCGGUGCAUCACCUCAACCAUAGAGAAAGGCAGCAGUAGUGAUGGAAAUCCACCUGCCUAUCAGAUGUUUUCCCGGAGACGUCAAAGAACCGUGAAAUUCCAGAUUGCCAGAGUUUAAGGGCAGUACUAGUAUCCAGUGACAAAAGAAAAUUUUCCUUUACUUUAAUGUUCUUUAUAUAAUCCAUUGAUUUCGCUUUUGUUGUGUUUUUUCUUGCAGAAUGAAGUCCAAUCCUUUCUGGGUGUGCCUUGGUGUGAGACUGUGGGCGCCUUCCACGAUUGUUGGACCGAGUUACAGCCGAGAUCCCACACUGAAGCCUUCCAGGCACUGUCGGGGUUUCCCAGCGGCCGCGCCGGCUCUACAUCUGGACACACGCAGAAACUGAUUUGACGUUGAUAGGUCUCGCUAUAGAGAGGCUGCAGUGAUUUGAUUUCAUUACAAUGAUUAAAGUUUGAUCAGAAAACAUUUUUACUUACUUUUAAUCCUAGUUUAAUCAUGCCAGUGUAUUUUGAGUGUACUGCCUUUAAUCCUGAUUCACUUUAUUGAUUUGAUGUUUUACGAAUGUGUUCAUUGUUCUGUGCCUUUCAAUACUCAGAAUUCUAAGCUUUUCUUACCAUUUCAUUAACUUUGCAUCCUUUUCGUAGUUCAUUAACUUUUACAUAUUACAUAGAAAUCUCACCUUUUAGUCUUCUAACAAUGUGUUCAUUUUUGCAUACUACCUAACAUUUCACUGAUUUUACAAAUAAUUUCAACCUAACACUUCACUAUUGCAUUUCUAUUAAGUUCCACACAUUAUCCUAACAUUUUGUUCACUUAGCACUUAUGUAGAACUUAACAACUUAGUAACUGUGACUUUUCACCUUGUUUUUAAAUACUAACAAUAAAACAAAACAAAAAAAAUAUACAAAACCUAACACAAAAUGUUAGACUUUGCUCUUUUGAGUUCAUUACCCUCCUGUGGCAUGGCGUUGAACUGAGGUCACUACAGAAUGAAUAUAAUGAAAAAUCAGACAUAUGGAGUAAUAAUGACAACAAAAAUGAUUAAGACAAAACUCACAAGACUACGGAUAACAUUUUAUUGAAAAUAAAUAUAAUAAAUAAAACAACAGAAACAGCUGACAUAGUCAUGCCAUGGGUGGUUGACUAACAUUUCCCUAAACCCCAACACCCUUCAAAAUUUUGUUUCUAUUUGUGCAUUUCUCCAGAUUGUAAGGGGGACAUUGUGAUUUCUUCCACCGCCUGCGAGGCCAGGGGUGCCCUGUCCGUUUUUACCCCCAAAAUAUGUGAUGAAAUGAAAUGACAUGAAAUAAAAACAUUGGUGGAGGAUGCGGGAGGACGAAGCCUCAGGGGGAAGUUUUCCGGAAGGGACAGUGUCUACUCGAGGAUGUACAGCCCCCCUCUUUUAUUCUUUUCGUUAUUUUCCAUUUUUCUUGUUUUGUGUGGUCUCGUUGAGACCAAAAGGGGGAGCUGUUGAGGCGCUUAUCAAGCUCAAAUACAUUCACAUGCUUUCACACACUAGUAUUCUCACACAAAGGCCCUUUGUAAUUGUAACAUCUAUCGAAACUCCUCAGACUCCCGUCUCCCAGGAAAUAGAAACUUAGUUGAUAAAAUGAGGUAAGACAUCAGAUGACCACCAGGUGCAUCCGUAGUAUAGUAAACGAAUCUUCCCGUUUUUGAUCAGAUGCUGUAUAGACUCGGUCACAUCCACACCUAGUCUGUAAGGGUAAGCGUCUCCUUUUUUAGCGCUAAAAAAAGAAUAAAAUAAGUAAAGUCUGA